AUGCGGAUUUUUAAAACACUUCACUGGAAGCUAUGUAUUCUAUCAGUCUUGCUAGCACUCACAAUAUCGGUAUGGCGGGUCGACGCUGCAUUCAUACGUGGGCCGACUAAUUACCUGGUUGGCGUUGGAAUUUCAGAUGUAACUGGACCAGCUGCUGAUGUAAAUAUGAUGGGAUAUACUAUGCUUUCGCAGAAAGUGAAAGGAAUUCACUUACGUCUUCGCUCAAGAGCAUAUAUCGUAGUUGAUCAAAAUACGGGCAAGCGCAAUGUAUUCGCAUCAGUUGAUAUCUGUAUGGCCAGCACGCCGGUUCGUCGAUUGACUUUGACAAAAUUGAGCGAGAAAUUCGGUGAUAUGUACAACGAUUUGAAUGUUGCCAUAUCAGGAACACAUACACAUGCUGGUCCAGCUGGUUUCUUACAGUAUACGUCCUUCCAAAUUCUGUCGAGUGGUUACGUUAAAGAGAACACAGAAACCAUAGCUUCAGGCAUCUUUGACUCGAUUGUCAGAGCUCAUGAAUCUCUGCAACCAGGUAACAUCUAUGUUGCAAGCGGAGAUCUAGCUGAUGCCAACACCAAUCGCAGCCCGUACGCAUACGAUAACAAUCCACAAGUGGAGAAAGACCAAUACAAAACAAAUACAGAUACCGAAAUGGUUUUACUCAAAUUUACAACCACGGACGGCAAAGUUCUUGGAUCGGUUAAUUGGUUCCCAGUACACUGCACAUCCAUGUAUAACAAUAAUACAUACAUAUCGGGAGAUAAUAAAGGAUAUGCCGGGUAUCUGAUGGAGAAGACAUUCAACGGUCCAGACACUCUUCCAGGCACGGGAUCAGUCCAUGCAUUUGCACAAAGUAAUAUGGGUGAUGUUAGUCCAAACACACUAGGGGCGUUUUGUGAGGAUACAGGAGAACCUUGUGAAUACAAAACUAGUACCUGCAACGGUAAAAAUGAAUUAUGCCAAGGUCGUGGGCCCGGAUGGACCGUCAGUGACUUUGAAUCUACACGCAUCAUUGGUGAGCGUCAAGCGAAAAAGGCAAUGGAACUACUCGACAAUGCUGUGACCCCCGUCACUGGUUCCGUAGACUACAGACAUCAAUUUAUCAAUAUGCCUGAAUACUCUUUCGAGCUGAAUGGGAAUAAUGUUACACUGUGCAAAGCAGCAAUGGGAUACAGCUUUGCUGCAGGAACAACAGAUGGUCCAGGCGCCUUUGAUUUCAAGCAGGGCGAUAACUCGACUGGAAAUGCGUUCUGGAAUUUCGUUCGUGGGGCCAUUAAAAAGCCUUCUGCUGAGCUUGUCAAGUGUCAAGAACCUAAACCCAUUCUUUUGGCCACGGGAGAAACGACUUUUCCGUAUGCAUGGGGGCCAGCUAUCACAGAUGUGCAGGUGCUUAAGAUAGGAAACUUUGUUAUUCUUGCUGUGCCCGGAGAGUUUACUACCAUGGCUGGACGACGACUUCGUAAGGCUGCGAAAGAGACACUUGUCAAAAACGGGGUCAUCGGAGAUGAUGGUAUCGUUGUGCUUGCUGGUCCUGCAAAUGAAUACACCCACUAUGUAACCACUUUUGAAGAAUACACUAUUCAACGAUAUGAAGGUGCUUCCACGAUCUACGGCCCUAAUACUCUCGAUGCCUACAUCAACAUCUACAACGACCUCUCCAAAUCCUUUGCCGAUGGGAUCACGCCCAACCCAGGUGAUCCACCACCUGACCUAACUGGUAAAGCGAUAACUUUGUUAGCGGCUGUCAUUGUUGAUGUGCCGCCAAUUGGCAAAAAGUUUGGUGAUAUUCUUCAGAAUGUCGACGCAAAUUCGACGUUCACGCCUGGCCAACAAGUUUCUAUUCAAUUUGUCACUGGGAAUCCGAGGAAUAACCAUUUUCGAGAUGAUAGUUUCAUGUAUGUACAAAAGCUGGAUGAGAGUAAUGGACAGUGGGUGAACGUGAGAACCGAUGGUGAUUGGAGUACGCGGUAUAGCUGGCUGGACAAUAGUAAAGCAAGUGUUACCUGGGAGAUUGAACCCGAGACAGUUGCGGGCAAGUACAAGAUUGUGUAUCAGGGCAGUAAUAAGUUAUUGACGGGGAAAAUUGAGAAACAUAGUGGGGAGAGUUUGGAAUUCUUUGUAGAAAAAAGUUGA